GACAGCACACACUCGUUCGUGAUAUCAGUGAGCAGAAGAGUCGUCGCCGUCGCCGUCGCAGACGAAAAGCCAGAAGCAAAGGAAGCAUGAAUCCGGCGUUCGCAUACACGGUGGUGUACGUCAAGGACGUAGCCAAGUCGGUGGCUUUCUACGCCAGAGCCUUCGGCUACAACGUCCGCCGCAUCGACGAGUCUCACCGGUGGGGGGAGCUAGAGAGCGGGCAGACCACGAUCGCGUUCACGCCGCUGCACCAGCACGAGACCGAUGACCUGACCGGGGCGGUCCGCACUCCCGAGUCCGGCCGAGGUCGGGUCCCGGUCGAGGUUUGCUUCGCGUACAGAGACGUCGAUGCCGCGUACAAGAGGGCGGUGGAGAGCGGCGCGGUGCCGGUGAGCGAGCCGGAGGAGAAGGAAUGGGGGCAGAAAGUCGGGUACGUCCGCGACCUCGAUGGGAUCGUCAUCAGGAUGGGGAGCUACGUUCAAGCACCAAAACAAGACUGAACUGCUUCCAAUGGCAUCCGCUCCAUCGCGCUUGUCAUCUCCUUUUCUACGUGUUUUUGUAUGUUCCUACAUUCGAGUUUCUGGAGAAAAAUAAAGAUGCCAAAGGCUGAUUUUUCAUAGUUAGUCGUUCAUGUCACGGAUAAGGGGGCACGGGAUGCGCGUAGAUGUAGCUGCGCUAUUGGCCUCCAGUGAGUGAUUAACGAGUAUGGGCCUCGUUAGGUCGUUUGGUCAAAUUUGAUCGUACUAUGAAGGUGUUUACGAUGUG